AUGGCUUUACAAAGGAGAGGAAUCAUGACACAUCCAGUGACCUGUGCUCGAUGUGGGGAACCGGAGACUGCAGACCAUCUCUUCCCCCAUUGCCGGUUCGCGAAAAGAGUUUGGAGCAACGUACCGACGACGAGGCAACUCGACAUACAACCAACUUCUACCUUCGCGAACACACUGGAAUCAUCACCCCCCCUGAAACUCCUAGUCUUUGAGAACCGUACUCUUGACCCAAACAACAUCAUUUGCAAUUCCCUAAGACUAGCUCGCGAGUGGCAGGAGGCCCAACCGAUCAAACACAUCGAGACACGUAACCUUAGCAAUCAAAGCAUCCAUACAUCAACUUGUUUGACAACUCUGUAUACGGAUGCGUCAUGGAGAGCUCAAGACAAAACUGCAGGAUGUGGCUGGAUUAUGUACACCCCACACUCGGAGGACCCAAGACAAGGAGCUACAACAGAAUUGUUCGUCGCAACCUCCCUGAUGGUUGAGGUGCUAGCUGUGCGAGAAGCCCUAAUACAAGCCAAAGCUGCCCAUCUAUCCAAUAUCUGCCUCAAAUCAGGUAAUCAAGUGCUUAUCAAAGCUCUAAACUCGAAUCAACAUCAUGUGGAACUCUACGGAAUCAACUUGGAUAUCGAGAAACUAGCUUCAUCAUUUUCAUCUAUUGUUUUCUCUUAUGUUCCUAGAAACCUAAACUCUGCUGCAGAUGCUUUGGCAAAGUCUGCCUUGUAUGCUUUGAACAUCUAG